CGUUGAUCUGUCGCCGGUUGAGGAUUUAACUCAGUGACGAAGGAAACGUUUUACCGUGAGAGGAAAUGGCGGCAGACCGAGCCGACGGAGACAGAGAGUCAGAUGGGGACAUGGACGGAGACUCCAGUAAAGUCAGCCCUCUGCUGGGCAAAGACGACUUCACGGAGUCCUGUGGCAAAGAGAUGGCUCUGCUGACUCUGAUGGAGAGGACGGGAUACGACAUGGUGCAGGAGAACGGACAGAGGAAGUACGGAGGACCGCCGCCAGACUGGGAGGGCCCGGCCCCACCGCGGGGCUGCGAGGUGUUUGUGGGGAAGAUUCCCAGAGACAUGUACGAGGACGAGCUGGUGCCUCUGUUUGAGAGAGCGGGAAGGAUCUACGAGUUCAGACUGAUGAUGGAGUUCAGCGGAGAGAACCGCGGCUACGCCUUCGUCAUGUACACCAGCAGAGAGUCGGCUCAGAGAGCCAUCCAGAUGUUGGACAACUACGAGGUCCGUCCAGGCAAGCUCAUCGGAGUGUGUGUGAGUCUGGACAACUGUCGCCUCUUCAUUGGCUCCAUCCCCAAAGAGAAGAGGAAGGAAGAGAUCAUGGACGAGAUGACCAAGGUGACAGACGGGGUGGUGGAUGUGAUCGUGUACCCCAGCUCUUCUGACAGGAGCAGAAACAGAGGCUUUGCCUUCGUAGAGUAUGAAUCGCACAAAGCAGCAGCCAUGGCCCGCAGGAAGCUCAUACCUGGAACCAUCCAGCUGUGGGGUCAGUCCAUCCAGGUCGACUGGGCGGAGCCUGAGAGAGACGUGGAUGAGGAGGUCAUGCAGCGUGUCAGAGUCCUCUAUGUGCGUAACCUGAUGCUGUCCACCAGUGAAGAAACUCUCCGUCGGGAGUUCUCCUGCUUCAAACCAGGCUCUGUGGAGCGUGUCAAGAAGCUCACAGACUACGCCUUCGUUCACUACCGCAGCAGAGACGACGCCAUCACCGCGCGGAGCCUCAUGAAUGGAGCCCAGAUUGAUGGAACCACUGUGGAGGUGACGCUGGCAAAGCCUGCGGGGAUGAAAGAGGGGAGCGUCGCAGGGAGGAGGUCCAACAGCAGAGGAUACGUGGGAAACAAUGCAGGAGGAGGGUACGGGACGUUUGGCCUGUGCAGGAGCGAUGAGGGGAUGAUGGGAGGAGCUGACGACACUUACUCCCCUCUGAGGACAGUGCCCCUGCCGCCUCGCCUGGGAAGCCCCUUCUACUCAGGAGCAGGAGAGAACCCAGACAGGUGUGUGUUCCCCCUGUACCCCGGCACCCCCCUCACCCCCACCAGCCUGCUGUCACUGAAGCAGAGUCAGAUCAGCUCCGCCGUCACUCUGCUCGAAUUCUACUGCUACAAGAACCACUGGUCUCUGCCUGAGUACCACCUGUACUCCACACCGGGACAGGACGGGAAGCUGCUGCUCCUCUACAAGGUGAUGAUCCCAUCAACACAAAGCACCUUCAUCCCAGACAAGCUGUGUGUGCUGUUGGAUGGUGCCAAAGAACUGGCCGCACAGACAACCCUGUGGAACCUCGACUCAUCCAUUCUGAGCUCAGUGGCUUCCUGUGAUUCCCCCAGCAGCUCUUCUCCUCCGCUCGCCGCCCCCCCCUCCGCCACCACUCCCGGGAUGCUGACCUGCGGCGGCAGAGCCUUCGCCUCCUGCCUCUCUCCUCCUCCUCCUCCUCCUCCCCCUCUCUCUCUCUCUCCCUUCACCCUCUCUCCUGCCCUCUCCUCUCUUUCCUCGCUCCCCCCGGCUGCCUCCCAAACUCCAAGGCUCUACAUCAACUCCCAGUCGCCUUUCUACUGACGGAGGAUUCAGCGGUGAGGGAAGCAUCUGAGGACGAGGAGGAGGAAAGGCAGGCCUGUCUCUAUUAUGAUUACACCUCCACAUAUUUCCCCAAACACACAGUCCAUCUGUUUGUUUCUACUCUGUGCUAAAUGUAAUCUCAGUCCGACGAUCAGCCGCUCGGCUUCUCCUCUCUAUCACCUCUGAUUCUGAAAACUAAACACAACAAAGGCAGACGCUGCUCAGAUCCCACAGAAAGACAUUCAUCUGAUAAAAUAUGUUUUCUUGACCUCUGGUAAAUGUCAGUGUCCUCCUCCUCUCCUCCUCUCUGGCUUUAUUUUCCUUCAGUCACCUCAAAGUACCCACAAGGCAUCACAUCCAUACUUCAGAUAUCAAUGUUGAAACAAACCUGCCGUCAGAUCUCCGCUGUCUUUCAUUGUUUUGUGUCAGUUUAAUAUAUUUUUCAAAGCAAACUCUUGUCCAUUUGAGAACAAAGUCUGCCAGAAUUUUCAUUCAAAGACACAUGAGAUUGUUUCCUCCGUAACAACUGAACUGAUCGUCUCCUCGGUGAACGUGUUUAGGCUGAAACGUAAAGUUGUUGGACCGUCGUACACAGCUCUGUUGGAGUGAACAACACAGAAAGUAUGAAGUGUCCAAAGGAUGGAGAGAUUAAAAGACGAGCUUUUCCACUACAUUAAAAUCUGAUUUCCAUUUUCCUUUCAUCCUCCCAUUACACCACUCGUCUCCUGAGAGGGCUAAAAACAGAGAGACGACGAAGGAGGAGGAGGAGGACUUAUCUAUCUUCUUCUUCUUUCAGAGGAAUGUUUGUGGCGACUCAUCUCCUUUCAUGUUUGUGUUGACCUGAGUUAUGUGAGGGGAGGAAGAGAGACCACGAAGUGUCCGUCCAGUCGACGGUCAGCCUCCUGAGAGAGUCGACAUCGAUCAACACAAACAAAUCUUAAAGUAAGAAACAGAGAGCGGGAUAUUUCUCACCAUGUCUCUUAAUUCACUCGACCCACCUCACACUUCAGAAAUAUGAGGAUGAAGGAAAAAAGAGGGAAGAUUAAAAAUGUUUUUACACCAGACCGAGUUCUUGUUCUCGUUUUAGUCGAAUGUAAACCACGUUCAUCGAGGAAACAGACCAAGCAAAGAGAGAACUCCAUUAGAUGUGUUUCUGUUGCCUCAUUCGAUGGUUUCCUUGUCGUGCUUUCACAUAACAAUCCUGUGGAAAAUAAAUAAAUAUCGGGAAAUUACCAGUAAAACAAUUUUAAUGAGAUGUGUCGGUCUCAUUAAAACACAGAGAUCCUGGGAGUUUAUCAAGGUUAGUUUCAAUUCUGCAAUAAAAAUGAAUUCAUUAAAAACAAAUUCAAAAAAGAAUAAAUAAAACAUCCAGUAAUUCAAAAGAUGUAAUAAAUUACUUUCAAGAUCCUGAGACUUUUAUCACCCUUAAAUUCAACAAUUACAAUCUACUCAUGAAAAACAAAUGAAGUAGAAAAUAAAGACAGAAUAAAUUAAACAAGUUUGAAUCGAUAAAAAAUAAAUUUAAUAAAUGAUCCUGGGACUUUCUGGGAAAUUCUGCAAUUAAAAAUUUAAAACAUUAAAAUCAAACGAAUAAAAAACAGAAUAAAUGAAUAAAAACUAAAGUAAAUGAAUUGAAAGAUUCUGGGAUUUUUAUAAACUUUAAAUUUGGCAAGUUUAAAUAUUACAAAAGUUGAUUUAUUAAACAAUUAAUUAAUAUAAAAAGAAUAAAUAAAACAUACAGACAAAAAUAUGUAAAUGAAUUUAAAGAUCUAGGAACUUGUAUCAACUUUAACUUGAAAAGUUUAAAUUCUAAAAUUAAAAACUCACCAAUUAGAAACAAAUGA